AUGGUCUCUGAACUCCUGCGUUUUACAUUCACUUUGCUUGUUCUUGCCUUGUCAGAUCGCAUCAUUGCUUCGAGCAUUUCUGAGUGCAAUUCUUGUCCGAACGAUCAUCCAAGAGUGAGACCAUACCAUAAUCUAGUUAUCAGUGGUUUUGCACCCAAUCCCUCCUGCACGCGUGUUGGCGAGCAAUUCUUCUGUGUGACGAGUUCAUUUAGUGCCUUCCUAGGCAUUCCGGUGUAUACGUCUCGCGACUUGGUACAGUGGCAGCAAAUCGAACAGGGAGUUUGGAAUGGCACUUAG